AGGAGAGAGAAUAGAGAGGAGUAAGGAAUCGAAGGGUAGAGAGAGAGAGAGAGAGAGAGAGAGGCGGCGAAGAGUUAAUAAUCACCAUCAUCACACGACACCAUUUUAAUUCCUCUCUCUCUCUCUCUCUACACCUCUUUAUGAGCCUCAACAACACCUCCUCCUCCUCCUACUCGUACGCAGCAGCAGCAUCAUCAUCAUACAAGGAGGGGGGAGGGGAAAAGGGCGCUGCUUUUUAAUCAAACUCCUCACCUCGCCCUGUGUUGUUUGUGUGCAAAGGUGAGAGCUUUGGCCAAUUGGGUUCCUCGUUUCAACGGUGUAAUCCUCGGAAAGUGGAUGCUUUAAUUUGAGGUGGUUUUGAGGUGGGGAAAGAGAUAAACGAGAUGAAGUUUAUGAAGCUGGGCUCGAAGCCUGAUGCGUUCCAAUCCGAUGGGAGCGACGUUAGGUAUGUUGUUUCCGACCUAGCGACAGACGUUGUCGUGCACGUCGGCGAAGUCAAAUUUUAUUUACACAAGUUUCCGCUUUUGUCGAAGAGUAGCCGCCUCCAAAGGCUGAUUCUCAAGUCCAGUGAGGACGGCACUGAUGAGGUCUUCAUGCACGAGUUCCCGGGCGGCCCGAAAACUUUUGAAAUCUGUGCAAAGUUCUGCUACGGGAUGAUCGUGACCCUCAACGCGUACAAUGUGGUCGCCGCCAGAUGCGCUGCGGAGUUCCUCGAAAUGACCGAAGAUGUCGAAAAGGGGAAUUUGAUUUUCAAGAUCGAAGUUUUCUUAAAUUCUAGCCUCUUUCGCAGCUGGAAAGAUUCUAUAAUUGUUCUGCAGACUACGAAAGCUUUACUGCCCUGGUCGGAGGAAUUAAAGGUGGUCGGUAGAUGCAUCGAUUCGAUCGCUUCGAAAACGUCGGUGGAUCCUUCUAACGUCAGCUGGUCUUACACCUACACCAAGAAAUUGAAUGAAAUAGUCGAAGCCCAGCAAAGAACCGUCCCCAAGGAUUGGUGGAUCGAAGAUUUGUGCGAGUUGGACGUCGAUCUUUAUAAGCGAGUGAUGGUCGCCGUUAAGUCGAAAGGGAGAAUGUCUUCUGAUUUGAUAGUGGAGGCCCUUAAGGCUUACGCGGUUCGAUGGUUACCCGACUCUUACGACGCGCUACUCGCCGACGACUACACAAAGCGGUACAAGACAUUGGUCGAGACCAUAAUUUGGUUAUUGCCGUCCGACAAGGGUUCCGGCUGUUCGUGUAGAUUUCUCUUGAAGCUAUUGAAAGUCGUUAUCUUGGUCGGAGCGGGUGAUCUGCUGAAGGAAGAGCUCAUGAAUCGGAUUAGCGCGCAGUUGCACAAAGCUUCGGUGAAGGAUUUGUUAAUUCCCAUGAAAUCGCCCGGCGAUGAUACCAUCUACGACGUGCAACUCGUUCAAAGCCUUGUUAGUAGAUUUGUAAUGAGAAGUGGGCUAAAUCAGGACACGGAUUUUGUCGAGAAGAGCGAGAGCGAGAUGAUUGAAUUCAACUUAGAGCACGAGUCUUUGCUGGCGUUGGGGAAAUUGGUUGACGGUUAUUUAUCUGAGAUAGCCUCCGAUCCAAAUCUUUCGAUUUCUAGCUUCGUUGAAUUGGCGAAGACGGUGCCUGAAACUGCUAGACCAAUUCAUGAUGGCCUAUACACAGCUAUUGAUAUCUAUUUGAAGGAGCAUCCGAGCCUGACGAAAGCUGACAAGAAGCGGAUUUGCAGUCUAAUGGAUGUCAAGAAGCUCUCGGCAGAAGCGUCGCUCCACGCGGCACAGAACGAGUGCUUACCGCUCCGAGUUGUGGUGCAGGUGCUCUUCUUCGAGCAGUUGAGAGCCGCGACCAAUGCCCUAGCUGCUCCGACCACCGAACCAUCACACAACAGCUCAAGAUCCACAGCCGAAGUUGGAGCAGAAUGGGACCAACGGCAAGUCCCCGAUAACUCGAAUUCUUUAAAGAUCCAACCCGGGAGCUCGAAAAUCGAGGAUGAGGGGCGAAAAAUUACCGACCAACAAAAGAAGAACCGAAAUAGUAUCAAGGAGCGGGGCGGCGGGCUUUUGCUGCCGUCCAGGUCGAGGAGAAUAUUCGACAAGAUAUGGCUCGGGAAAGGGCAGGGGGAGAACAGUAAGAGUUCGGAGACGUCCGGGAGUUCGCAAAGCCCGCCGCCUUCUGCAAAGCCGCGAGAUGGAAAAUCUUCGGGCGCUUCGUCGAGGAAUCGGAGGCACUCGGUUUCGUAGAUCUUUCUCUUGUUCUUUUGUACAGCAAAAGUUAGAAGUGCAUUGCUCACUCCCUCUCUCUUUCUCUCUCUCUCUCUCUCUCUCUCUCUCUCUCUGUGAUGAGAAGGGAAUGGAGGGGUGUUUAAGCAGUUGAAAUCUGCUGCUUUUGUAUGAUCAUGAUCUUUGUAACUUUAGUCUGAUGUAAGCUUAAAGAAUUUGCUGUGUUAGGUUGUUCUGGAGCUCUAUCUAGCAUAGGCAUUUCACUGAGGUUUCCACCUUUUGUUGUUGAAAGAUAAAAUUGAGAUCAAAUGCAUAGAGCAUUUGGUUGGUUUGUCUACAUUUGAAUUAACAGCUUAAUCUUAUUCUCAUCUUUGGGCCUGUUUGUAAUGGAGUUUGUUGCAGUUAUAUUC